UUCCAGAUGCUUGAGCUCUCUCUCUCUCUCUCUCUCUCUCUCUCUCUCUCUCUCUCUCUCUUCGAUCGCCUCAUCAUCACCUAGCUAGCUUAGCACAGCAGUACGUCCACAGACGACGACGAUGUUGCCAGCGCCGUUCGGGCACUAGCUAGGUAGUAUAAAUUGGCGAGCUUGACACGGGGUCGCCUGUCCCGUCACACGCAACGCAACGGCAGCAGCUCAGCUCAGCUCGCUCGCUCGCUAUAGCUCCACAGUGGCCGGCCGGCCGGUGUCCUGCCGUGUGCCGUGCGCGUGCGUCUACUCUAGUACUCUACUACAUGGCGGCCUCGCUAGGACUCGCCCACGAGACGAGCUACGCCGCCUACCACCCGCCGUCCGCGCCCGCCUCCUCGUACUUCCCACCACUACCACCACCCGACCUCCUCGUGGCGGACCUCCCGCCGCCCGCCGCCGCCACCAUGGCCGAUGACUACUUCCAGUUCGGAUUCGACGGCCAGGAGAUGGUGGGCGCUCCCGCUCCCGCCUGCGGCGGCUACGACUGCUCGGCGCCGGUGUUCGCCAACAGUUCUUCAGACGCCGCCGCCGCCGUCGGCAAUGGCAUGAGCCUGCUGAGCUAUGGCGUCGACGGCGACGGCGACGGGAGGAGGCCGAUGAGCGGACCACCAUAUGGCACCGGUGGGAACGGCGGCGGCCGGCCGCCGUCGUCGUCACGGAUUGGGUUCCGGACGCGGUCGGAGGUGGACGUGCUGGACGAUGGCUUCAAGUGGCGCAAGUACGGCAAAAAGACGGUCAAGAGCAGCCCCAACCCGAGGAACUACUACCGGUGCUCGGCGGAGGGCUGCGGCGUUAAGAAGCGCGUGGAGCGGGACAGCGACGACCCGCGCUACGUCGUCACCACCUACGACGGCGUCCACAACCACGCCGCGCUGGGCCCGGGCGCCGCCUCCUACCUGUGCCAACCACCGCCUCCGCGCGGCGCAACCGCAACCGCAACCGUAACGCCCUUCUCGCCUCCACGCUCGGCCUCGGCGCCGGCGCCCCUGGCUGCAGCGCCCAGCUGGAGCGCCGCCUGUGACGCGUGGGAGGCGCAGCUGCACGCCGCGGCGGCGGCUGCUCACUCGUCGGAGUCGUCGUACUGAUCCGAUCCAUCAUCGAUCAGUUAUUAGACGCACGUACGGAUCACGUAGCUAGAAUGUUCACGUUUUUUUUUGCUCACGUAGUACUCCUCUGUUUGCACUAUCCAGCGACUAAUAAAAAGAAACGAAGGGAGUAUAUAAGAGUACCAUAGUACUACCAUA